AUGACCGAACGACCAACAUCAGCUAGAUCAGUUCAGAAAGGUGGUCGACAAUUACUCCAAAUGGCAACGAAUCGACGAGUUAAUGCAAAAGAGAAUGAUGCUCCUGCUGGCAGUAAUCAAUCAAAUACUACGGAACAUGAUUCAAAGAAUUCAACGUUUAACUGGUCGACUGGCAUAGCAAAUACAAAGGCAACAAGUGUAGAUGUGAACGGUGUAGUCGAAGAGAAAUAUAAUGAUUCAAACAGUACACCACUAAAAAAUUUAGUUUUCAAACAACUUGAUAAAAGUCCUAUAGAAGUACACGUUCGAUGUGUAUUUAUGCGAGUGGGUGACAUCGAUACAUUAAAUGAACGCUACUAUGCUGAAAUACUUUUCGAGGCUUCUUGGGAAGAACCCAGACUUAAAGGUACACCAAAAGAACCGUUCAAUGCAGGAAUCAAUUGGACACCACAGCUUGAGUUGUUAAAUGGCAUCGGUGAGCUCAAUGAUAAUAUAGCGUACAGUGUUUUUUAUGAUCGCCAGGGUCUCGCCACUGUGACUGAGCAUCAUAAAUUGAAAGGCACAUUGUGGGAAAGAAUGGAAUUACAAUAUUUUCCAUUUGAUCUUCAAGAUCUAUCACUCUCAGUUACAACAUCACGAUCAGGCAAAGAAAUGUUUUUUGUCAAAAAUCUUCGUAAACCAUCGGGAGCAAACUGCCGAGUUUUCACCGACGAACAAGAAUGGUAUCUUUUCGAACAUGUAGAUAUUGAAACGAAGGAAGAAAUCGAAGAAUAUCUUGACGAUGGACACAAUCAUUCAGUAGUGAUCUGCUCUUGUCAUGCAGCACGAAAAUACGGAUACUACAUAUGGAAUGCUUACUUUCUCAUUUUUCUAAUUACAUCAGCAAGUUUCACAACAUUUCCUAUUCCAUUAACGAACAUUAGUGGACGUGUACAAAUAUCCUGUACACUUUUACUUACGUCGAUCACAUUUCGUUGGCUUUGUGACAAGGCAUUACCGUAA